AUGAGAAUUGAGAGAUUAAGCAACUGUUGUGGUUCAAGAGGGAAUUUAAGCGCAGUGGACUUUCAACCAUGCUCAAACCAGAAUACCACGCAAAGAAUCGCAACAUCAGGAGGGACAUACGUACAGAUAUGGUCAUUGUCAAAAGGAGAAGAAGGAAUUCAGCCAGUUCCAGUCAAAUGUGUAUUGCUGUACACCUUCAAAGACCACUCACCGUACGAUGUAAUGACUGUUAGAUGGUCACCAAACGGACAAUACCUAGCAAGCACAGAUUCAGGUGGAAUAACAAACAUUUACAAGAGAAAUGAUAAGAAAACAGAAAUCAUGGAAAACGUAGUGAAAUCAAAACUUUCGGGACAACCGUCAGAGAUUCCAAUGACAUUUACUGAAUCAAAGCAAGUUAAGAAAUAUACAAUCAAAUAUGACGGAACAGAUAAAUCAGUUAACACAAGCUCUGGAGUACCAAGAAUUUCAAUAAACCCUAAAAACGUACAGAUUGAAUCGAAGGAAGUGAAGAUGGAUAACUUCAACCUGUUAAGCCAUGAUAACCUUGAAGGGAAUCUUGAAUCGUGGUAUACAUUCGCAAAAUUUUCAUGCCCACAUAACAUGGGACAGCUGUUUGACAUUAGCUGGGCGCCAGAUAAUCGCAGCAUCAUAGGAGGAGGAAUGAACGGGCAAGUAAUCGUAUUCGACAUCCACACAAAGGAAAUAGUGGCUAAGUUUGACGCACUUGAAAAGUCAUCAGAUACAUCGUCAGGAAGAGGAUAUAUCAAGAGUGUAUCCUGGGAUCCAAUGACACUGUUUGUGGCAGUACAAAGUAGUAAUAAGGAAAUAUCAAUUUGGAGGAGAUCACCGCCACUACCGCCAGGUUCGCCAAUGAAGUGGACUUUUAAAAGAGUACUACAUCAGAAUGAUUUCUCAGAAAAAACAAAUACCGAUGUUCUGGGAGGAUCAAGAAUGUCAUGGGCGCCAAACGGGAAGAACGUAGUCUUCCCAAAUUCAUCAUCAGACAACUAUAACUUCUCCACGUGUUUCCAAAUAAACCACAACAUCUCAUGUUACUCACACAUUUUUAACAAAUCAAACUACGAUAAAAAUACAGCACAGUACUACUUUGAUACAUCAGAACACGAAGUGGACGAUGAACCGAUAUUGUUGAAAGGACACAACACAAGGAUUAGAAACGUAAGAUUCUCAGAAGAUAUAAUGAAACCAAUUCACGACGUACAAAACAAUGUAAGAUAUCUUUUGCUGGCACAAUCAAGCGAUGAUAAUAUGCUUUCAUUCUGGAGGUUCAGACUGAACUCAAACUCCAUAGUUGAUGUCGAGUGUAUAUGUGUAAUAAAUAACCUAUUAGAUGAGCAAUCAAGUAUAGAGGAUUUGUCAUGGGGGGAUUUUGGUAGGUCGCUAGCAGUGGCCUCAAGCCAAGGAGGCCUUAUACUGAUCCAAUUCACGUAUGAAGAAAUGGGAGUAAAAUUCCAUAGUAAUAGAAUCAUUGGACUAAACCUAACUGAAAUGAAGCAACCAUCACCAGAAUUUUUCACAUACUCGGAAUACGUUAAUAAUAUUUCUGAUGAACCGCUAGAACAGCCAAGUGCAGGACUAAAUGUCAACUCGAACAAUAAUUUAAACAAUAAAUCUAAAACUUUAAGUGAAUUCUCAGAAAACAGGCAGAUAGACUUAAAUGGAUAUAUAACGAAUCUGAUAUUUAACUGGAAUAAAAAUGAACAAAAUUACAAUACACACCUGCUGAAAAUUUUCUGUGAAUUUUCAUACAGGAUGUGCAUGCUAUUGUUUUAUUAUUAUCGAUCAUAUUUAUAUGCACUAAACUUUAAUUACAAUGAAAAUAGUAUUUUCGUGCCAAGAAAAAGACCAAUAACACCCUCAGAUAUCUAUAAUGUAAAGUACUAUGACACGUUCUACCUGUUUAACUUCACAAUUGAAAGUGAAUCGAAGAUUAACCAAACAAAAAGGAGAAACAAGACAAAGAAACCAAAAACUACACAAAUAAUGGAAGAUAUGAUAAAAGAUGUCUGGUUAGACAUGGAUUAUACAUCAGAGAAUACAUUGGUUACAAAUUACUGGAAUAACAUAGAAGAAACAGUAGAAGUUCCAUUAGAAAAUGAAUCAAAUAAUGCAAACUUGAGCCCAUUGAAUUCUAACUCAAAAACAGGAACUCCAGUGGCUAAAAUUGAUAAACAAACAAAGAAUACAUCCAAGUACUCAAGGUCAGAAAAAUCUAAGCUUAACAGAUCAGAUAGUUCUAACUCACUGAAUCUUGAUUUGUCGAGGAAGUUUUCCGACUAUAAUAGUAUUCUGACGUUCCCAGUUGUCAAGACUAAAAUGUGCUUUUCAGUAGAUUCAAAAAAGAUGCUCGUAAUUAAUUUUUUGAACACAACGUCUGAAACGAUGAGCUCAGUCACCUGUGUAAACGAAUCAGACUAUAAAAUUAAAUGGAUGCAAUAUUUAAAGAGCGGAUACAUAACACACAUGGAUUAUUUUGGGGAUUUAUUAGUGGUUUUAACCCAGAAAAUCGAUGACAACUGCAAGGUCAGCAUUACAAUAUUUGAUACAAACGAAGGAACGGUUAAGCUUAAUGAAUCUGAGUUUGGGGAUGAACCCGUUUGUCUAUUUUCUACACUAAGAUGGACUGGAACUUAUUUUCUAUUUCUAACAACUACACUACAACUUAGAAUCCUAGAAUACGAUUUUCCUAACAAUCUAACAGUAUUCUCAGAGUUUAGCUUAAAAGAUACUCAAAGUGAGGAGAUACAAAAGAUAGAGCUCUUGAACACAACCAAAAAUUAUGAAAGAAUAAUGAACCAGAAGCUAAAACAUAACGAAGAAUGCUUGUUCAGAACUAAUGUUAAGAGUAGUGAAGAAAAUAUAGUGGCGAUAGUGUACAAAAAAAAUAAAAAUGUGAGUAUAUUUGUAAAAGGGUACAAGGAAUUGGAACUUAAUUUAGAUCAUAUGACACUAAAUAAUAAUUCUUUUGAUGAAGAACUUAACAAUUUCACACUUGAUUCACUCGUGAGAAUGUUUAAGGAGGAUUUUAACAAUGGACUGUAUGGUCACAUACAAUUCGACGGCUCAUUAUCAAGCAUAAUAGAAACAUUAAGAAGCGAUUACAACGUCAUUAAAGAAACUGAAAGUAAUUGUGAUGUUUUACAGGAUUUAAAGAUGAGGCUCCUGACAUGCUUGUCAAUAGGUAGUGUAUGGGAGUAUUUGAUGUACCUUUAUGAGUAUUAUAAGGAACUAUUCAAGUCGAUGGAACUAGUAUCAGUGUUGGAACUUACAAGUGGUUUAUAUAAGUCAUUAUUAGGAUAUUUGAAAGAAACCGCUGAAUCUGAAACCCUCAAAACAUUAGAAAUAUACGAUUUUACAAAGUAUUUCAACAUUGCGCCAUACUGUCUCCUGCCUGUUAGGCAAGUUGUCAUGCCUAACCUGAACAUUAUUUACAAGUUUUUAAAUCCAGAGAUGGACUUAAAUUCACAGAAGUUUGAAUAUCUUUUGGAACUGUCUGGAAAGUGUAAUUGUUUGAAUAUUAAGGUUUUCAAUUCGUUCUCACCAAGGCUAGAUUACAAUCCUGAGGAUGCCGCAUGUUUGUCCGAGAAACUUGUGGAGUUUUUCAAAGAUGUUAGAAUGUGGGAGAAUUCACUCGAGUUUUAG